AUGGACAAGAACAGAUCUAUAUCGAAUGUAAGUGACUCGUCGUCAUCCUUGUCGUCAUCGACCAUUGCGAAAAAAACGAAGAACUCGUCAUCCGUAAUAGCAUCGGCAAGUGGUGGUGCUACUACUGCCACUGCUACUGCUACGAUUAGUAAUAAUGAAAUAACAGAAGGCACGAACAGAAAUACCGUGCUGCCGCGCCCUGUGCGUCGCAUUCUGCAAAAUUUCCUUCUGGUCUGGCUUGAUGCCAAUUUGGAUGAAUCAAAUGAAGAUUUCAAAAAUUCUCUACAACAGUUACGACGCAUUGUGGCAUCGAUCACAACAUUUACAGAUGCUCAAGAAUGCAUCGAAUUUCUCAGUCAAAUAAAAAAAGAAAAGGUGUUUAUGAUUGUGUCUGGUUCAUUGGGUCGACAAAUAAUACCAGAUAUUCAAACAUGGCCACAAUUGGAAUCGAUUUAUGUGCUUUGUAGCAAUCAAUCCGCUCAUGAAGAAUGGGCCAGAAAAAUAGCUAAGGUAAAAGAUGUGCAUACUCGUAUUGAGCCGAUUUGUGAAUCAUUACAAAUCGAUCGUGAGAAUUGUGAUCGAGAUAUGAUCUCGAUCAGUUUUGAUGGUAUUGAUGCGUUAUUUAUGUAUACGCAAUUAUUAAAAGAAUCACUUUUGGAAAUUGAAGACGAUGAUGAAAAAUCAAUUAAAGAGUUGGUUGAUUAUUGUCGUCUUCAAGAUGAUAUUGCUGAAAACCAGAUUGACAAAAUCGAACGUGAAUAUCCUGGCCGUACACCAAUUUGGUGGUAUACAGCACCUCACUUUAUGUAUUCGAUGUUGAAUCGUGGUCUUCGAGUAACGGAAGUCGACAUUAUACUUGAAAUGGGAUUUUUUAUUCGACAUUUACAUCAACAUCAGAAUUAUUCAGAAACCAUGCAUGCCUAG